CCAGGGACAUACUGCACCCGAGAAGUCCCACCAGAGCUGACUCACGAGAGCUCUUCCAGGAAGUGAGGUCAUGCGGUGCUGAAGACCGGCCAGCCGCAGCCUGGGGAUUUUGGAGUGGUCACUAAUGGGCAAGGUGUCUGGGUUCCUGAGGAAAUUUGCCCACCGGUCCUGGCUGAGUCUCAGCAUUUCUCUGCAGACCCUGUUGAGAAGAAGCAAGACAACAGCAACAUGAAGAAGAAGAGGGAGCUGCUACCCAAACACCUCAGUGCCUGGGACUGCCCUCAGGGCCCAGUAGGUUUACACAACAUUGGACAGACCUGCUGCCUUAACUCCCUGAUCCAGGUAUUGCUUAUGAACAUGGCCUUCACCCAGAUACUGAAGAGGAUGACAGUGCCAAGGGAAGUGGACGAGCAGAGGAGGAGUGUCCCGUUCCAGCUGCUCUUGCUGCUGGAGAAGAUGCAGGACAGUCGACAGAAAGCAGUGCAGCCCCUGGAACUCCUCUACUGUCUCCAGAAGUACAAUGUACCAAUGUUUGUCCAGCAUGAUGCUGCCCAACUCUACCUCACAGUCUGGAAUCUAAUUAAGGGCCAGAUCACUGAUGUGGACUUGGUAGAGAGACUGCAGGCCCUGUAUACGAUCCAGAUGAAGGAGUCCUUGAUCUGCCUUGAGUGUACCAUGGAGAGUAGCAGAAACAGUGUCAUGCUGACCCUCCCACUUUCUCUUUUUGAUAUGGACUCAGCGCCCCUGAGGACACUGGAGGAUGCCCUUCGCUGCUUCUUCCAGCCCAGGGAGCUGUCGAGCAAGAGCAAGUGCUUCUGUGAGAACUGUGGGAAGAAGACCUGUGUGAAGCAGGUCUGUAAGCUGAUGGAUUUGCCCCAGACCUUGACAAUCCACCUGAUGAGAUUUUCCAUCAGAAAUUCACGGACAGAAAAAAUCUGCCACUCACUGUAUUUCCCCCAGAGCUUGGAUUUAAAUCAGUUUCUUCUGACUGAGAAAGACGUCAGCAAUGCCGAGCACCAGCGUGGAAAGCAGUAUGAACUCUUUGCUGUGAUUGCCCACAUGGGGCUGGCCGACUUUGGGCAUUACUGUGCCUAUAUCCGGAAUUCUGUAGAUGGAAAAUGGUUCUGCUUCAAUGACUCCAGUGUUUGUUGGGUGUCCUGGGAAGACAUCCAGUGUACCUAUGGAAAUCAUAACUGCCGCUGGAGGGAAACUGCCUAUCUUCUGGUUUACAUGAAGACUGAGUCCUAAUGGAUGUACCCUAAAUCUUCAGAGACUGAUAAAGUAUCAUUUUCCUUUCUUUCUUUUUUUUAAUCCCCAUCUGAGGACAUUUUUUGAUAUUUUGUUCAGAUGGAGUG